UAUCUUUAAAAGAAAAAGAAAAAACAGAAAACUUUAUAAAAUAGAAUGGGAGGCUGGCUGGGUCAUGGUUUCUUGUGCAAAGUUGUUAACAUCAGGACAUAACUCCCAAUAAUACUUGCUCUGUCUCUGCUACUCUGCUCUGUAAAAAAAAAUGUUGAAGCUUUGGAAAUGGUACCAGCAAUGCUUAUCUACUCAUCCAGUGAAGACCCAGAUGAUUACUUCUGGAUUCUUAUGGAGUUCUGGUGAUAUUGGUGCUCAGUACAUCACUCAUUCUACUGCUGUCAGCCACCAUAAGAAAUCUGAUGAAGAAAAAGAAUUCAAAGUCAGCUGGACACGUGUAGCUGCCACUGGUCUGUUUGGCUUUGGCUUCAUCGGUCCAUUAGGCCAUUAUUGGUAUGAAGGCUUGGACAAGCUAAUUCGGCUGAAAUUUCAACUCCCGCCGAAAUCAUUGCGUUUUGUCGCAGCUAAAGUAGCAGCAGAUACCUUGAUUUUUGCCCCUUUCGACUUGUUGGUGUUCUUCUCGUAUAUGGGAUUGUAUAGCGGCAAGAGUGUGAAACAAGUGAAGGAAGAUGUGAAGAGAGACUUUCUACCAGCCAUGCUUAUGGAGGGUUGUAUAUGGCCAGUAGUUCAGGUUGCUAAUUUCCGGUAUGUGCCGGUCAGACAUCAGCUCCUUUAUGUCAACACAUUUUGCUUGUUGGACAGCGCUUUCUUGUCAUGGUUCGAACAACAAAACGAUGCCCCUUGGAAGCAGUGGUUCUCAUCUGUGAAGCCAUUAAAGGAAAAAGAAGAUCUAGGUCAGGGUCAGAGUCAGGGCAGUUGAUGAAUUCACCUCGGGCUCUUCCGUCCCGAGUGAUAAUAAAGACAGUCUGUUACCAUUAUUUGUGUAACACCAAAAGAAUUUAAAAUUUGGGAUUUGGGGAAUACAUUGAUUGCUUUCUAGUUGUGAAACAUUGUAUUGGAUCCCCUGUUGCAAUGGUAAACAGACUAAUUUGACAGGGCAUUUGAUUAUGUAUUAUCAGCUCUUCUCAUGUUGGCAAUAUGAUGAUGGUAGAUUGAAAGAAAAA